AUGAUAAGAAAGAAGAAAUGCCUUAGAAAAGUGCGGAAAUAUGAGUGACCGCGAGUGGACGUGGUCCAACGACUCGUCUACAAGUGCGGUGGUGGGGGGAGAUAAUUCGACCAAUCGCGGCGCGGCGGAGUGGGGGCUAGCCAAUAGAGUGGUGACUAGUGCAGUGCUGGUGGGGGGAGAGGAGUGGCCAGUGUUUAAUUCGACCAAUCGUGUGGUGUCUGAGUGGGGGCCGACCAACCAGGAGGGCGACAACUGGUGGGGACUACUAGCUCUGGCUUUGGUCUUCGGAACAGCAGCAGGCAACAUUCUGGUCUGUCUGGCAAUCUCCUGGGAGAGGCGACUCCAAAACGUCACCAAUUACUUCCUGAUGAGCUUGGCCAUCACUGACCUGAUGGUGGCCGUCCUAGUAAUGCCUUUGGGGAUCCUCACACUCGUCCGGGGUUUCUUCCCGCUGCCGCCCGUCUACUGCCUCGCCUGGAUCUGUCUGGACGUGUUGUUCUGCACGGCCAGCAUCAUGCACCUCUGUACCAUCAGCGUGGACCGCUACCUCAGCCUCCGCUAUCCGAUGAAGUUCGGCCGCAACAAGACCCGACGAAGAGUCACACUCAAGAUCGUCUUCGUCUGGCUCUUGUCCAUAGCCAUGAGCUUACCCCUGUGCCUCAUGUAUUCUCAGGACUACAACUCCGUGCUAGUGGACGGCAUGUGUCAAAUCCCAGACCCCUUGUACAAGCUGAUCGGUUCCAUCAUCAGUUUCUACAUACCGCUGGUGGUGAUGCUGCUCACCUACGCUCUGACAGUGCGGCUAUUAGCGGUACAGGAACACAAUCUAGGAGGCUGCGGCGGCAACAGCUGGUCCAGCGGGUGGCUGGGAGGACCACAACCAACUGGUAUGGAGCGGAGAUGCACAUGGCGACGCCUGUUGACGGGCAAGUCGCCUCACACGUCACACAACACGCCCCCGCACCUCGCCCAGACACACAUCCACGCACAACACGCGCACCACUCGUCCACGGACACGGAUCUCACCACGCUGGACACACACGACUUGUGGCUGCAGGACACGGAACCGGCGCCCUCCACUAUGUCCGCUCUGCACCAGUUUGGCGCCGAAAUGCUCAGGCUUUCCCGCGGUCUGGAGAGCGCCAUGAACACGCCAAUGUCACUGCCCAAACUCAAAGAGCCAGUGCGGGAGCAGGAGCAGGAGCACGCUGCAGACAGCAGCGAAGGUAGUUCAAAGUCUGCAGAGGACACUAGAAAGACGACGUCACAAGACAAACCUCGACUGACCCGUCGCAGCGGCCACCGUCGUCGCCGACGAGCCUCUACCAUAGGGGAGAGUUGUGUACGUCCUACAGUGACACGAUCAGCACUGGAGCGACGACGAGUGUCCAGCUACCACGAGCCAUCCAGCAAGUGGACCACCAGCGAGUCAUCCAGCGCCGAGGAGCAGAAGAACGACGACGCUCCGCCAGAGAUUGUCAACACGUGCAGAAAACACAGCGGCGUCAGCGAAAAAGACAUCGGCUACACACUGCUGGAGGGUGACGCCAAACUGUUGGAGAAAACCGAACCGAACGAAGACAAACAGAAAGACGAUCCCUUGUCACUUCUACCUCCGCCGUGUACGUGUCCCUACUUCGGCGACUCCGAGAAGAAGAAUAAUCGUCCCACUACGGAAGUAGUUAUAAUAACCACGACGGACGAAACAUCUUCCCCGCUGGUGGCGAAACCUCCUUUCCCUAGAAGAAACCAGAACUACAAGUUAGAUACUGACUCCAUAUCCAGCACGGACACUCGCAGUUUGAGUUCCUCCCUCAAGUCACCGGCGAGACUAAGCUCUAGAAGGGCGCGGUCGUCCCUGACUAGCGAGAGCAGUGGUACAGUAGUGACGUGGGAAUCCACCCCGCGACGUCACCGAAGAGGAAGCUUCAGCUCCGGAGGGACUGUCAGGACCAUGGUGCUCUCGGCCAAGGGCAACGACAUGCCCAAGGCGCCUAUCCUGCGACGCUCUGCCACGCUGCGAGUGCCCAGAAGAGACGUCGUCACUGGCAAAGCGGACCCCGAGUCAGGAAUAUUGUACAGGUACGGCUCAACCCCAGGGAUCGCCCGCGGAGGCACCGUCCGCACCCACCACUCCCGCAACUCCAGCGUCAUGUCCCGCACCUCGUCACGCCACGGCCGCAUCAUCCGUCUGGAGCAGAAGGCCACCAAGGUGCUGGGAGUAGUCUUCUUCACCUUCGUCAUCCUCUGGGCUCCCUUCUUCGUCCUCAACCUGCUACCAUCGCUCUGCUCCGAGUGCGAACAAAAGAUCGACCAGGGAGUGUUCGACUUCGUCACGUGGCUCGGCUACGCCAGUUCCAUGGUCAAUCCGAUAUUCUACACUAUAUUCAACAAGGUGUUCCGCCAAGCUUUCAAAAAGGUGUUGCUCUGCAAAUACCACCGCAAGGGGAGCUGGAAGCCGGGCAAAGCAAAGCUAUAGACUGAUAGUUUCCGAGCUUCUAACCAAUCGAUCACAUGUAAGAGAAACACCACAAAUGUAAUCAAACUGAGCUCUGUUUUGUUUCGGUUUUAUCUAGCAAUAUUGUAGUUUUUUUUUAGUGAUGACUUAAAUACACUACUGCGUUGUUUUUACAUAUUGCAAGAACUUCAAAUAAGUAUGCUAUAUCCAGAUCCCACACAUUUAGUAAAUUCAGAGUAUUUUGACUAACGAAGAUUACGUUUGCAAAGGUAAAACCUCAAAUAACACCUAACUAAUAAUUUUAAAUUACGUGGAAUGAGUAAAUUAUUAAUUAAAUAAAACCAUAAAAUAUAGUUAAGGUGGCUACACAAAAAUGUGAACUUUGGUCACAGUCGAGAAGCUGAUAGACAGAUGAUACGAAACUUUACCAAACAAAUAAGUCUAUCUGGUCUGAUAGUAAACAUGUCCAGCUA